AUGGAUGAGAAAGGCGUCAUGUUGGUCAACGGCGUCGAAUUCGUGAAUGUUAUCAGUGUCAAAGCACGCAUUGAGAGCGACGAGGACGAGCAGAGUAGAAAGAGGAUCAGAGAGCGGGCGGACAGCGGAUUGGGCAUAGACGUCACCCAGGACAAGGACAACGCUGCAGUCGGGACAAGGGCAAUGAAGCAGCUCCCGCCACUGCCUCUUCGGCCGGGCCAACGACACAAGUCCGCUGUGGUGACGGCUGCGGCCUAG